UUAACAGGCGAUCGAUGUUGCGGUAGCAACAGUAACCUUAAAAACCAGCCACCCUGUAAGUUACCUAGGAGUACCUGCUAAAUAACCUGAUUAGGCCUAUACAGGUUACGUGGGUAGCGACGGAUACAAUGCGAUACAACAUUUGGCGCCUUAAUUACUUCCAACUCAACUCUCUACCCAGGUACUCUCUCCAGUCUAUCUAUCAAUUCUCCGAUUCACCCAAACAUUCGUGCUAGCCUUAUGAGUUGUACACAUUUGACCCCUUAAUUCCAUUUUUCGUAAGCCAGCGAACAUUUGUUUUGGUUUUGCAUUUGAAUCUAAGUCACGAUGAUUCCUUAACCCGGUAGUGCGACAUCAACUUUCGACUGCGAAUUCUUUGCGCGCGAUUAGGUAGUCUUUUCAGUUUGCCUCGUACGAUCGUGUUUCCACAACGACGGAGUUGGCGGAACGGCGGUCUUUUGAAAUCUAAACUAAAACCUCUAUACUUGAAUCUUGGGUGGAUUAAUUAAUACGAUACCUUCGAAACCCCCAAUGCCGCCAUCAACACCCUUGCGCGGCCUCGCGUUCGCGCGCGACGUCCUCUCAGAUCUAACAUCUCGAUCACCACCCUCUCCAACACCAACAUCGACAACACCAACGAAUAACACAAUACCAAUACCAACAACCCUCAUUCAAAAACUCCACGCCUUCGCCACCCGCACACAACAGCACCUCCUCCCGCGCCUAGCAACAGACGUAAGCACCGUCCCCGAAGGCUACGGACGAACCCCCAACGGUCCCGAGCCCGGCGCCGUCGUCGGCAUAGUCCUCGGAUCCAUCGCCGGGUUUAUUCUCCUCCUAUGGCUUAUAUACUGGUGCGUGAACCUAGGCUCCCCCGCCCCAGAUAUCGAGGAAGGAUCCGUCGGCGCGGGCGGUUCGUCAAGUGUAGUAUCAUACCACUCGCGGCCACGUAUCCAUCGCAGUAGUCAUCACCGAUCGUACCGAAACGGUGGAUCCGAAUACUCGCCCGGCCCCUCGAGACGGAGGAAGGAGACUAUUGAAAUUACUAGACGGGAGGGGGUUAGGUCGAGAUCGCCUGGGCCCGAGCAGAUUGUUGUGGAGGAGGAACAUACGGAUAGGACGAGGUCGCGGAGUAGAAGUGUGAGUCGGCCGAGACCGCCGCCGCCAAGGUCGGAGGAUGAUGAGAUUGUGGUUAUGGAGGAACAUACCCCGCCGAGGAGGAGGGAUAGUAGGGGGUAUAGGCGUAGGAGUAGUGAGAGGAGGAGUACGGAUCCGUAUCGACGGAGAAGUGGGUCGCGAAGAUGAGAAGAUGUGAGGAAUGUAGUGAUGGAUAGAAUUCAGGUUGGGACGGGGUAAUGGUUUGGUUAGGUCCGGUGGUUUUGGGGGGCGGGAAGGGGAUAGGAUAGGAUGAGGUUAUGUAGCGGCAUUGAGAUAUAACAUGAACAUUUGGGGCGUAUUGUGGGAGUAUCAUACGCAUUCUUCACUCGGUCACGUAGCAUGGCGUAUAUGUGGAGGUACACGAUGGGGAUGAUAUCCAGUAGUUUACACUAUUAACUCACAAUGCACAUAGUAUAUAAAUUUAAACUCGAGUAUAUGUCGCUACCCGCCCGGUACCCGGAAGCAAUCCAAUGCAGGUAGCAUCAAUCCGACCCGAAAUCGAAGAUAACCCCCAAUGUCAACUACUAUCAAUGAGUGCUUCCAUACAAAUAAUUAUUUAUGCCUUAUUCAUAAAAUAGGAAUAUACAGUUUUAUUAAAUUUGAGUAUUAGUUUUCAUCUAUC